AUGAAGUACAUUCUUUUGACCACUAUCUUUGCCGCUGCCUGCGCAGCUGGACCUCUGGCUGAAGUCAGGGAUCUGACUGGCACGCCGGAGAACACCCUGACCUACGUCGACAUUGCUCCGGUUGAGGAUACUCUCCCUAACACCGCAUGCCCGGCUGGACAGACUUAUGACCGCUCGGUCUGCUUUAAGUCCAACAUCAUCCGCAGCUUCUGCGUCGCCAACCCUCGCAGCAACCGCGAGAAGAUCACGGACACCCCCUGCGGAGCCAACGAGAUCUGUGUUCAGCGUCGUCUCCUCUCCAACGGCAAGAGCUACGCCAAGUGCAUUCCCGUCCUCGACCUUGUCUUGUGGAAGACCAGCCCGGACGGAAACAAGGAAGGCUGCACCACCACCACCGUCAAGAGUGGAGGAAACCAUCACAUUGGAACAAUCGUUUACGACGUGAACCGCAACCCAAUUCAAGUCGACAAGAUCCGUUAUCUCGGAGAGCCUGGCGAAGUUGAUGAGGGAAUUGGCGGAUCAACCCCAUUCUUCAGCAGCAACCUCUUCAGCUUUGCUGGAGGCCAUUACCUCAAGACUUGCGUUUUCGCCGGUGGCUUCGGAAACCUGAACGCAUACUCCUGGGCUUGGUCUUAA